GGCGGCCUUGAACUUUGCCGACUCUUACUGCACGUUUAAUGGACAGCGUCACGACCUUGUUACCAUUCAAUCCGCAACCCUAGUCUACACCCUCCAUUCUGUCACAAAAAGUCAUUGAAGAAGAUUGCAGCGCACAAUGACCGCUUUCAAACCCGCCAUCCUAUCUGCAUCGCUCGGUCGUGCUUGGCUACAUGAUUUCGAGAAAAAGGUGCAACACGCUGCAGAAAAAGGCUUUGAAGGCAUCGAAGUCUUCUACGAGGACUUGGAUCACCUUGCGAAGAAGCUUUUCAGCGUCGAGAAUCCAAGCAACAAUCAGAUACUAAGUGCUGCUGAGCACGCAAGACAGAUACUAGAUGAAACACAAAUCACGGUCAUUGGCCUGCAGCCGUUUCUAUUUUACGAAGGAUUGCUCGACAGACAACAGCACGCUAGACUCAUAGAAAAGAUUCAUUUCUGGUUCAAAAUCGCCACACGUCUACGAACGAGUACAAUCCAGAUCCCAGCAAACUUUCUCCCAGCGGAGCAGUUGACGGGUGAUCUGGACAUCAUUGCCGCUGAUCUGAAAGAGCUGGCAGGCCUUGGUUCCAAAGAAGAACCUCCGAUCCGCUUUGCCUACGAGAGUCUAUGUUGGAGUACACAUAUUGACACAUGGGAGAAGUCGCUGCUGGUUGCCAAUAUGGUCAACAGACCCAACUUUGGGCUUUGCCUCGACACGUUCAACAUUGCAGGUCGCGUGUGGGGAGAUCCAGCUUCUCCGACUGGCAAAACUCCUAAUGCGGAAGCAGAUCUAGAAGCGUCGCUUGAGAGACUCCGUCGCGACAUGCCUCUUGACAAAGUUUUUUAUAUCCAGGUCGUCGAUGCGGAGCGUAUGGAAUCUCCACUCAUCAGCGGACAUCCAUUCCACGUUGAUGGAAAUCCACCACGGAUGAAUUGGUCGCGGAAUGCUAGAGCAUACAUGUAUGAAACAGAUCGUGGGGCCUAUCUUCCAGUGGAAGACGUCGCUCGCGCGAUCAUCGAAGGGUUGGGAUACAAAGGAUGGGUAUCGAUGGAAUUAUUCUCCAGGACUAUGUCCGAACCCGACGAAAACGUGCCAGCAUCGCAUGCUGAACGUGGAAUGGCGGCGUGGAGAAAAUUCACUCAACGUCUUCAACUUGGAUAGUGUGAUGCACGCCGAAAUAGGAACAUACGAAAUGAAAGAACUUUAAGUCGGGACACGCGUGCA